AUGCUUUCGUUUGGAUCAGUUUCGGCGAUCAAGGCCAAGCCCAACGCUACUCCCGCGACUACAGUAGCCGUCGAGGCGCUGCCUGUUCAUGACAUCGAGACUGACCAAGAGCGCCGAGGCCGUUCACUCAAGCAUCUGCUCAAGGCCAAUCACGUCAACUACGCCGUGGUAUACAAGAACCUGCAGCUUAACAAUGUCAAUUCUCACAACUUGAGCACAGCUUACAUUCUUGGUGCCAACGAGAAUGACCUCAAUACCAUCUACAAUGAGCAGAUCAAGGAUCUGGAGCCGUGGACGCCCUCACCCGCCGAGGUAAUAGACGAAGAUUGGAGAGACUUUUUGGGCGACCGCAAUUACCAGCGUGCCUUUGUCGACUAUUACGAGGACAAGCUUGCCUUUAAAUUUGCCUACGACUGGAAGCAAGAAAUGAGGCACGUCUUGACCGAGGGUGAUGAGCCUCUCAUAAACUGUCUCAUCGGCGCUUUUGGCCAUCCCCUCGAACAUCUAGCGCUAGCUUGCGAGAUCAACAGCAGAGCGCUUGCCAUGGAAGCUCUAAGUCUCACUUGCAUCCACUACAACGAGUUGCACAAGUACCUCGAUGAGCCAAGCUACACGAAGCCCUCGACGCUACCAUCCUCGUCUUUGUCGCAACUUAUCUCAAGACUCGCCAAAGGAGGAGGCUCUCAAGUAACUGUGACAGCUGACAAGCACGACAGUCUUGAGUCGCUCUUUUCGCAGCAACAAGAGCUAAUAUUGGAUUAUUGGAAUGCCUGGCACAUUGUCGACGCGACAAAGCAGUUUGAAGAGCUACAGCAAAUUGCGGUGGCCUUGUUUGCAUCAUCAGGACUCGAAUCGUUCAGUUUUCUUGCUGCCCAGCUUUUAUCCGCCAGCAACUCGAUACGAAUUCUCCUGCCAUACAUUCCCGCUGAAUAUCACGUAUCGAUGCUGCGGCAGUGGUGGCUAUUAGCUAUUGCCGUCUGUUUGCUGACCGGACGGCCCGAGCCAAACUCAGCCAAUAUUCAGAAAGACGCGAGUGGCCGAACAUGGAAGCACGUUAUCGACAAGGCAAUCAAUGGCCCUUACUUGGCAGACGCAAGCUACAUGAAAGCCGUUCGUGCCAUCAAGGAGGCAUCAUCAACGUGGGGUGACGCGGACGACCUAUACCUGCGCUCCGCUCUGACAUUUGUAGAUAAUUUUACAGAAUGCACUCGGCAACCCCAACAGCGGCGCAAUCUGCCAUUGAAUCAUGCUGAGUUGCCAGCACGUCCUGCCGAUGCCAAUCUCACGGUAAUGGCUCCGCCUGCGAAGCGCCGCCGGCGGAACACGGUUGAUUCGGCCGACGAGCACGAUGACGACGCCGACCAUCAGCCCUCGCGCGCCAACACCCUUAACAACUUCCUCCUCGCCUCCCCGAGCUCUCCCAGAAAAUCUCGCAUCGCCACGGCGUCCCCCAGUCCGAGCAAGGGCCGAGGUGUUGCCUCCAAGAACGGCACCAGCCCCCGCAAGAGCUCGCUCUCCAAGAACGGCGCCGGUCCGAGCCCCCGCAAGUCGAGGGACGCGGGUCGUGGUGGCAGCGAUGAAAAGGGAAAGAGCGGGGAUCUGAAGCUGCUCUUCUCCAAGCAGGCGCAGCGUGCGUCCAAGGCUCCGUCUGCGGCCGGAGGCGACAGUAGGACGCUGUCGGUCGACGACAUUGUGAGCGACCCCAUCUCAGAAGACGACGAGAUUUCCGAACUCAAGGCGAGCUCGUCAAGCCUGGUCGGCCAGCACGCGCGCAAAAGACAACGCGUGUACAGUCAACAAGCAUCAUUAGAUGCGACGACAUCCAGCCAGCGAUUUAUGAAGCCGCCACGGCCGACCAACGCCGACGACGACGAUCUCCGACCUUGGUCCGAACGAUACGGCCCGCGGAACCUCGACGAACUCGCAGUACAUAAGAAAAAGGUGGCCGAUGUCAGACGAUGGUUAGAAGAAGUCGUUAGCGGCAGGCUGCGGCAACGGCUGCUCAUUCUGAAGGGUGCUGCGGGGUCUGGCAAGACGACGACGAUUCGUUUGCUGGCUAAGGAGAUGGGCUGCGAGCUUCUCGAAUGGAGAAACCCUGUGGGAAACGCAGGCACUGGAUUUGUCUCAUCUUCGGCACAAUUCCAGGAUUUCCUUGGUCGUGGAGGCAAGUUUGGUGCUCUGGACCUUGACAGCCCGUCAUCAACAUCUACUGCGUCCAGCAACGCGAAUACAGACAAUGACAAGCGAAUCAUGCUUAUCGAAGAGUUUCCAAACACCUUUUCCAGAUCUUCCUCUACUCUGUCAUCCUUUAGAGGAGCGUUGCUACAGUUUUUAUCUAACCACGUACCGUCACUGUCCGUUUUUUCGCAAUACGGUCGGAGGGAGCCAGUUAAGCCCGUCAUAUUAGUCAUUUCAGAAACACUUCUCACAACCACAUCAGCAUCUGCAGAUAGCUUGACUGCGCAUCGACUGCUAGGUCCGGAAAUAUUGGGACAUCCAGGUGUCGGCGUUAUUGAGUUCAAUGCCAUUGCCCCAUCAUUACUCGCCAAGGCGCUUGAGCUUGUCGUUUUGAAAGAAGCACGAAAAUCAGGUCGAAGGCGAACACCCGGCCCGAUGGUAUUGAAGAGGCUGGGCGAGAUUGGAGAUGUUCGCAGCGCAAUUUCAUCGCUCGAGUUUUUGUGCCUCAAGGGAGACCAGGUGGCUGACUGGGGUGCCAAGGUCGCGUUCACGAAGCAAAAGAAGAGCACCAAAGAUGGCAUCGGCAUGACCCAGGGCGAGCAAGACAGUUUGGAGCUAGUUUCCCAGCGAGAAGCCAGCUUGGGCAUAUUUCACGCCGUCGGCAAAGUCGUGUAUAACAAGAGAGAAGAAAAGGCAUCCGGCGAUGAGGCAGAAAUCCUGCCCCAUUAUCUUUCCCAACACUCGCGACCACGGAAAUCGCAAAUAUCAGUCGACACACUGAUCGGAGAAACUGGGACAGACACGCAUACCUUUAUCGCAGCUCUACAUGAAAACUACAUUCUGUCCUGCGAGAGCACUGGUCCAAUGGACCUUUCUACACCGAUGGACUAUGUCAAUGAAUGCAUCGAGCAUCUAUCGCUCAGCGAUCUCAUGUGCCCUUCUCAGGAUGUCUUUUUCGGUGGGCGAGGCGGCUUUACCGGCCGAGACUCGGGCAGUCAUGUGCUUCGGCAAGACGAAAUGAUGUUUGAGGUGGCUGUGCGCGGCAUGCUCUUCUCGCUGCCCAACCCUGUCAAGCGUAAAACAAGCGGCAUGGCUAGAAGCAGCGACGCCUUCAAGAUGUUUUACCCCGCAAGCCUGAAGCUCUGGCGAGCCAAGGAAGAGAUUGGCGGUCUUGUGGACAUGUGGUCAUCACGGAUGCUCCGGGGAGAGGACCAAAUCGCUAGGAAGGAGAUGACGGCCGGCGCCAAUGCGUUUCGUCGCAACCCGAGACUGACCGCAUCAGCAGCGCAGUCGAGCCAGGCCCCACCGACGAAGCGAGAAGGUUCCAGCGCAGAGGACGACGACAAUCAGACGGCUAUGCUGUCGCUGGGAAGCGCGGCACGGCGAGAGCUGCUGCUCGAGAGGCUUCCCUACACGGCGUUGAUUGCGCGUGCGCGGAAAAGCGGACCACGUACGCGCGAGCUGGAAAGAAUUGUGUCGUUGAGUGGCAUUCCUGGCUCCAACGAGGAGGAGGAGGAUGUGGAUGAAGAGGGGGGCGCGGCAAUGGGCGAGGCGUGGGCGACGGACAAGCCAUCCGAGGAAGCGAGCCCGCGGAAGAAGCGCCAGGGGAUCAAGUCGGGCGCCGUGACGAGCAUGCUCGCGCAAAAGCUGGUGCUGAGCGAUGAUGAUAUUGAAGACUAG